AGAUCGAUAAGCUUUUGUGAUUCGAAUGGCACGUACGAAGCAAACCGCACGCAAGUCCACCGGAGGAAAGGCUCCGAGGAAGCAGCUGGCAACAAAGGCCGCUCGUAAGUCGGCGCCGGCCACCGGAGGCGUGAAGAAGCCUCACCGAUUCAGGCCCGGCACGGUGGCUCUGAGGGAGAUCCGCAAGUACCAGAAGAGCACGGAGCUUCUUAUCAGGAAGCUUCCUUUCCAGAGGCUGGUGAGAGAGAUCGCACAGGAUUUCAAGACCGAUCUACGUUUCCAGAGCAGCGCCGUUUCCGCUCUGCAAGAAGCUGCAGAAGCCUAUCUGGUUGGGUUGUUCGAAGACACUAACCUCUGCGCCAUUCACGCCAAGAGAGUAACCAUUAUGCCAAAGGAUAUUCAGCUUGCUCGUAGGAUUAGGGGCGAGAGGGCUUAGGGUUUGUUCAUGU